AUGUCGGGGAGGGAGCCACCACCGGGAGUUGCAAGACGGCCCGAACCUGAAGAAAUACCUCCGGAAUCCACCGAAUUUCCAUUGGAGACAGUAGGCUCCUCCCACGAUGCCCCCCAGGCAAUUCGAACGAAACGACGGCGGCGCCAGCACACCUCAGAAUCUCACCAUGCAAAGAGUCAAUCCUUCUAUUUCGUCGACUCCAACUCGUCCUCCAAGGAGAAACGCGCCCAUGUAAUGCGGCAUCAUGUCCAGGAAAAGCGAAAGCAACGAAAGGAGUCUACCGGGUCGAUCCCCGGUGACCAGAUGCAGGAAUAUACCUCCUGGCAGGCCAGGAAGGACUCGGGGUAUGACACAGAUAAUCGAAGAGAAUCAGUGGCGGCUGGUGCAGACCAGGAGUCGUCCCUUCCCAUCAGGUUCUCCGCCAUGCCACCACAUUCACCAUCACUACCCACGCAAUCGGGCGCGCCGAUACCCGGGUCCUCUACGAGAAAGAACUCGUGUUCUUCCCACGUUAUGGCUUACUACCACCCUGAAGACCAAGCGCUGGUCGGGUACUGGUAUAAGACAGCCUACUGGUCGGGCGAAAACAGUUAUCUCAAGGCCCAGAUCUUCCAAAUCGCAUCAGAGCACCUAAUCACGUUCCAGGCGGUUGUAAUGACCUACUGUGCCCGAUUCAAAGCUCAUCUUGACGGUCAGCCAGACAGCGAGCCAGCGCAACGACACACAGCCCAAGCUCGACAAUACAUUCACGAUGCCACCGCGGGCCAUGCACCCCUCCAAGAUGACCGUUUAGCAAUGGCACUCACUGGAAUGGCCCUCCACGAGCACCGAUUUGGCAAUAAAGAGGAAGCCUACGGUUAUCUAGAUCACGCAUUUCGAAUUAUGCGACCACGUACAGGCUGCAAUCCGCAAGUUGAAGCCUUCGUCAACUACAUCCACUACAUCCUCCCGAUACCCCAAUCCAGCAUUCCCAUCGAGCCUGCCGCGCAGCAGUGGCUCCUCUCUUUUCUCUGCGGCGCCGAGGAGAUCAUGCGCGCCCACAACUCCGCCGACUAUCUAGCCGCCGCUCCCCUCCGCCAGACCGCUUUCACCAUGGAAAGCCCCCUCUUCCCGCUUCUCUCCAGCGGGCCUCGGCCCUCCGAAGUGCCCUUGGCCUCACGGAAGUUUAUCCUCCCCCACUCGGACACGCAGGAGGUCAGUCGCACCGCCGCCCUGAUCUACAUCACCGCCGCGCUCUGGGACUUCAAGGACUGCGCCAGCAAGGCGGCGCGGUUUUUGGCGCACCUAACCGCGGUAGUGGAGCAGCACCAGCUGCACAGGCAUCUCGUCUGCGAAACGCUGGUCUGGCUGCUCUUGGAACAGGGAGGCGACGCCGAUUUGCGUAACCCUGAGCGGGCAUGGUGGACCGGUGAGUUGCUGAGGACGCACAAGCAAUUGCGGCCGGAUCUGCAGUUCCUUUUUAAUGAAAUUCUUAUGAGCUUUUUGACGCUGAAAGCGCCGAUUCGCGGCAUAGAGGUGUUUCAGCAUGAACUUCGUACAUAUACCGGUGCCUUUGGGCGAUGA